UUCAACCAAGAAUCCAAAGACAAACGCGCACACAAUUUCAACUUCAUCCCCCCGGCAUGGCUCCGGCGAGAAGCGCCACCGGAGCUGAGGCUCCUCUCCUCCCCCACCGCGGUGGCGAAACCGAAGCCGAUGUGAAACCGGCGUCGGUGCCGGGGGCCGUGUUCAACGUGUCGACGAGCAUAAUCGGCGCCGGGAUCAUGUCCAUUCCGGCGACUCUUAAGGUCCUGGGAGUUGUCCCAGCUUUUCUAAUGAUUGUUCUGAUAGCAGUGGUGGUGGAUAUAUCGGUUGAGUUCAUGCUGCGGUUCACGUACUCCGGCGAGUCGAGGACGUACGCCGGACUAAUGAGGGAGUCGUUUGGACGAUGGGGAUCCGUUGCUGUGCAGAUAUGUGUGAUGAUCACGAAUCUCGGUUGCCUCAUCAUGUACCUGAUUAUAAUCGGGGAUGUGCUUUCUGGGACAGGGGAAGAACACUUGGGUGUUUUGCAAGAAUGGUUUGGUGUUCAUUGGUGGAAUUUGCGUGCUGUUGCGCUCCUCUUCAUUGUCGUUUUCGUCAUGCUUCCCCUUGUUUUUGUUGAUUUUGCAGAGUCAUUAUGGUUCAGUUCAGCAGUAUCAGUACUCCUAGCAAUUGUGUUUGUUGGUAUAUGCUCAGUGAUGGCUAUAAGUGCCCUCAUAGAGGGGCAAACUAAGACACCAAGAAUCCUACCGGAACUGGACGGUGGCGUCUCCUUCUUCAAUCUCUUCACGGCUAUUCCUGUCAUUGUCACGGCCUUCACGUUCCACUUCAAUGUUCAUGCAAUUGGAGUUGAGCUAGGAAAACCUUCCGCAAUGAUCUCUGCCGUGAGAAUAGCUCUAGUACUCUGUGCUGCUAUCUACUUUGCUAUUGGCAUAUUCGGUUACCUUCUAUUUGGGGAUUCAACAAUGGAUGACAUCCUCGUGAACUUCGACCAGAGUUCAGGAUCGAGGAUAAGCUCGUUCCUCAACGACAUAGUUCGUCUGAGCUACGCUCUCCAUCUGAUGCUGGUGUUUCCGCUCUUGAACUUCUCCCUGAGGACUAACAUCGACGAGUUCCUCUUCUCCAAGAAGCCUCUCCUGGCAGUCGACACGAAAAGAUUCGUCAUCCUCACCCUUGUUUUGCUUGUUCUGGCCUAUGUUUUAGCCAUAGCCAUUCCAAGUAUUUGGUACUUGUUCCAGUUCAUGGGCUCGACUUCCGCCGUCUGCCUCGCCUUCAUUUUUCCUGGCUCCGUCGUAUUAAGAGAUAUUCAUGGUAUUUCUACCGCAAGGGACAAGAUCAUAGCAGCAGUGAUGAUAACUCUUGCAGUCAUCACAAGCACCAUAGCCAUUUCCACCAAUAUAUAUAAGAUGGUUGCCAAAUAGCCCUCUUUUUUUCUCUUGUUCAGUGUUUGUACAUGUGUGCGCAUGGAUUUGUUGUAGUCUUUGUUGUGUAGUAUAUUGAGUGACCUCAUCGAAUCACGGAAAAUUCUUACACAUAUUCCUAAAGUAAUUAAUAUAUUAUUACAAUGUUUAAUA